AUGGUCAACUUAUUCCUACUGGACCCUCUGGACCAUCUGGAAUACAUUCAUUAUGUUCAGCAGCAAAGCCCCUCAUCGAUUCCCUCUCUCGGGUCUCCUUCGAUCAGUAUUAGUCCCACGGAAGAUGCCAUUCGUCACGGGUUGGACAUUCCUCUCCUCUACGACCACUCCAUCAAUCCUCUAGCUAGUGAUCAACCUUUGUUUGACAACGCGAACCCUUUAACAAAUACGGACAUUGAAGAUACUGGGUUCGAUCCGCUAUACUUUGCGCCUGCGCCUGCGCCUCAGGCAUCGAGCGAAGUAUAUCGGGAUGAGUUCAAGCUUGCCGUGGAAAAUCUCAUCCACAUAGUUCAGAACAACGUCUUGCAACGCCAGAUCCCUCAGCUACAUGAUGCCAAAGACUUCCUGCAAGUUAUCUGGCACAGACUGAACGGCAUGAUUCAGCAACAAAUUGACAUAUUCGAGAGAUUGGCAGAUACCGGUCCAAGAACAAGCAAAUUCUGCUGCUGGCUUUGCCCUAGUGGACAGCGUAAGUUCUACAACACGCGGGCCUCCUUCAGACGUCAUGUUGCCUAUGAGCAUGCCCCACGGUCUAUCUAUCGUUGUCUCGAUGACAAGUGCCUUUGGACGACGAGGAGGAAGGACAAGGUGCAUUCGCACUUGAGACACAAUCACGGAUUCCAAUGGCGGGCCACUCGCGAGCAAAUCAACAUAGUUGAGACUAAGCUGCCCCCACCUCGUGUCUGCCCGCUGUGUCAGCAUGUUGUUAACUCCUGGGAUGAGUACUUUAAGUGCGUGUGUGGGCAUUGUCAGGUGGCAGGAGCUGGCUCGGCAAGCACCAGCGCUAGCCAGAGUCGCCGGAACAGCGACGACCGUGGACAGGGCAGUGGUGGCUCUGGCUUCAAUAAUUUCCAAUUCCCUGGCAGUGGGCUUGGGGCGAACAAUGGCCAGUCCCCCUCUGGGAACGGCACACAUACGGGCUCGACCUUUUUCAGCACGGGGUAUCACUAUAACCAGCAUACACAUCAAGCGACACAUGGUGUAAGCGGCCCCGCGUCAGCGACUCUGACGGGCCCAAACUCCGGUGUGGUCUCUGAUUAUGGGCCAUCACAUCUUGGAGAAGUUGAAGGGCCGCGUUCCGAAGAAAAGACAUGUGCCGGACCAACAAGUCUAACAAGUCAGCAUUGGUCGAUGACGAAUGGUACCAAUCCAGCCACAUGUGGCCAACACAAUGAGGGAACUGUCUCCGAGAUCCAUAAGUCGCACACCAACAUCUCUGGGCCUGAGAAACAUACAAGAAGACCCCACUCACAAGAAUCGCUACAGAAAAGAUUUCUCGCUAGAAGUCAAGGAGAGCUCCACCAAGAGCCAAAGAAGGUGCAGCCCGAGAAGAAGUGCACCACCUGUGGACAUGUCUUUGACAAUUGCUCUCGAUGUCGACGAUCAAAAGCGCUUUCCGGAAAAUGUCAUCAAUGUGCAGAUCGGACCUGCAACAAUGCAGGUCUCCAAAAAGCAGAGAUCUGGCGGGGCCGUGACCGGGCUCCUCGUGUGAAUAGACAGGAUGCCCUGACACACUCCGUCACCGAUACGACUUGGUCACUGCCAUCGACAGAUAUUGGGAAUGAUCACUCUGAUCCUCCUCGCGCUACGGGUGCUUUUAGUAUUCCCGAAGAAUGCCGACCUUAUGAAGUCUCCUCGCUGCACCGUAAGCUCACGUUUCCUCCAUUUCACAGCCGAACCAAGCUAGAUAGCGAGAGCCACAGUCCUUGCAACACAAGAUCGCGGUCCGCUCUAGUGCCAAUGCUUUCAAUUGAUACCAAUGUGGUGAUUUCGACGAAAGACCCUUCCGGGAAAGAACCCGCAGUUAUCUGGCACGCCCCGGCAAGAUGCCUACCAGCAAAGGUGCAAGCUCAAUCGACACCCGAAGCACAGACUAGACUACAUCAGUGCCGCGCAGGCCAAGUAACAAGGUCUUUCGCGGUUUUCAGUCAAAGGCUGGUAUCUUUCGAUCAAGAGAAGACUGAAUUUUGCAACUCGGACUCAUGCACGCCACAUGAGAAGACACUAUCAAUCAGUCAUCUGGACCACGCGGUGCUGCGUGUGAUGUACAGCUCUGUGUCUGGAAUGAUCCUCUAUGAAAGAGAGAGCGAGCAAGGCACCCUGAUCGAAUCGAUGGAUGUGGAUGUCACUCGUCGAUCCUUGGGAUGGCCGUGCAAGCCGUCUACACAGAAGACACGUCUUCCUCAAUUGGCCAUGAAACGAGCUGAUAAGAAGAAAGGCACUUCAAUGUUGCGAGCACGGCUCCACAUAGUUGUCGAACUUCUUGCACUCCACGCGAUGGCCAUCAAACAACGGUCCAAGAGGAAGUGUUUGACUGACGGUACUCAUACCGCUAAAGACGUCGCUCGUUCAAUUUCAUGCACUUCACCUGGGCUAGCAAGCCCGCAUGAUGUGGUCUCCCCGCUGUUCGACGCUGUCGUGACGUUGGACACUUUUGCGAUGGUGAAUAUCGUAUCCUCUUGGAUCGCAACUAUCGUCCCCGAUACUGAAGGGCAGGUGGAAUUGAUGCUGUUAAUGUGGUCGUAUAUCUAUAUCAUUCUCAACGGUAGCCCGAUCACUCUUCGGCUACAGAGCUAA